AUGCACGGCAACACCGCGGACGGCGCUGCUGGGGCAUGGACGCGUACUGCAGACCUGCUGGCGGAGGAGCGGAGCAGUCUGCGGUUCAUUUUGGACACGCUGCACUUCACAUUCGACCACCACCGCCACGCCGCAAGGAGCCUUGGGAGCAGCAGCCACAAAGACAACAACAGCCGCAGCAGCAGCAGCGGCCACAGUCACGGGUUCAUCCGUGGCAGCAGUGGUGGCGGAAGCGCCAUUGCCUCAGAGGCGGAGGUGGUUGAGCUGCUCGGCAUGUUGCCCGAAGUCCUCCGCAGCGCCGUUGCCCCCGCCAUGCUGCAUCGAAAGGAGCAGCAGCGGCAGUCCAUGACCGUUGCUGGCGUGGCACGCCCCCCGCCGUUGUCGCGGCAUACCACACUCUAUCGUCUUUUGUUUACCCCUCUUUUAUUUUCAUCCUCCUCGUCGUCCAGGUGCGGCGGGGAAUGUGCCGUGCUAGAGUGCCUUGGGCGCGCGUUGAUGGGCGGGGGUGGCACGAGCCGUGUGGAGACGCCCGGGAUGCCGCCAGAGGAUUCUCCGCAGGACUCCAUCAGCGCCACGAGAGAAACGACGUGGUUUGCGGGAACUGUCACGCUCGCUGCGCUUCAUGCGCUCGGCGACGUUGUCCAGCUGUGCCUGCACGACACCGCUGAGGAGAGGCGCGUCGGUGGAGAACCCUCUACGCCGCUCGACUGCCGUCGCGCGGCGCCCUCAAGCAGAGAAGAGGCCGUUGCGUCGCAAACCGCCGUGCUGCGAGAUGCGCUUGGGCACGCCUUGUGUCAAACCGGCCUCUUUGACUAUCUCUGGCGCAGCCUGCUUUAUCAGCCCGUUGUGCAUGCCCAGCGGGUGGCGAUGGCGCGGGUGCUCUGCGACGUGAGCCACGCGGGCCUCUUACUGCUGCCCGACGCCAUUGCUCGCGCGCGGCAAGUUACGAGCCCCGCCGUCUGGGGGCAACGGGUGGCCGAAUGCAUCCUCUCCGAUCCCAGUGCCCCGGUGAAGGAGUUUCUGGCCGCGAUGUUGUACGCGGGGUUACAGUCCGCCCUGGUGGGCGGUGGCCGUCAUGCUGAGGACGGCGAUGGUCGUGUCUACUGGCGGCGCUGGGUGACAAAUCCGUCGCUGCGGUCUCUGCUGGGCGUCGUGGCGACAGGGGCCUCCUUUGCCGUGCUGCAGCCAGUGCUGGGCUCACUGAUUUUGGUGCUGGAACACGAGCGGUGGGAGGAUGCGGCACGGCAGUGUCCACCCGGCAGAUGCGCGCCGAAGCACGUGGACGCCGCAGCAGUGGCAGAAGUGUGUGCCACUCUGCUGUUGCGCCUAUUCACAGGUCCAGCCGCCGUGAAUUCCCGCAGGUGGGACGAAGAUUGCAAGCAACAGUUGCGGCGGUAUCGCCUGACCGUUCGGGGUGUGGUGCGGCUGCUGCGCCUCGCGCUGAGAAGCGUCGAUCGACUGCUGGACGGCGCUGGCGCAACGCGGCCGCCGAGUGGGGGCGACGACGCCGAGCGCGAGGCCUCCGUGCUGUUGCGCACGUGUGUGGAGAAGCAGCUGCUGGCCGCAGUGAUGACGGGCCUGGCGACGCCGUCGGCGGGCUCCCGUGCGUGUGCGUUUGCGACGCGAUCCAUGCGGGCGGAGAUGGUGCGGCUCGUGCGUGACCUGCUCGAGCGGGCCUCCCCGCCCCUGUUUUUCUUGACCUGCAGGCUAGUGCCGUACCUGCCAACGCUGCUGCAGAUAAUUGUAGACGCGGCAAAGCAGCUCGGCGGCGGCGAGGGUUGCGAUGACGAUGAGGACGGCCGCGACGAACUUCCGUCCUGCCAGCCGCAGGCGGAGGUGUUGUGCAGCGCCGGCAUCGAAACGGUCUCCCUGCUUGGCGUGAUGAUGUGGCACGCGCCGCUGGUGCGUGAGCGCUUUCUGGACGUGCUUGAUGCCCUGCACUGCACGUCCGAGCAGCGAGAGGUGCUCUUUGACGUCAUGGAGGCACUUGCCCGUUCGCUGCCGCCGCAGGCAGUGCGAGGCCUCCUCAUUGUGGACGCGAUGGGCACCGUGGUGAACGACGUGAGUCAACUGCGCGGGGAAGAGCAGCUGCAGCCGCAGCUUGACGUGCUAGCGCGGUUGCUACGGCGGCAGCAGCAGCCGCUGUCGCGCCAGAGUCGGACGGCAGACCGCCUCAUGCCCGAGGGUCGCUGGGCGUCUGUGCAGCGGCAGCGGCAGGGCCUGGGACCGCAACACGGCCAUGCGUGCCGCGUAUUUGUGUGGUUCGUCCUGCACCACCUUCGCGGCAGCGCCAGGAGGCGGGCGCUGGCUGACGACGCUGAGGAGGCGGAGGCGGAGGCGGAGGCGGAGGACGCGGCCGGCGGGGUGUCGGUCUCCCCGAUCCAGCCGAGCACCAGUGACAGCACGGUGGGGCAUCGUGUCGGUGAGUUCAUUGCCGACCUCCAGAAGAGCCCCCGCUGCGGGGGGGAUUCCGUUCUUCUGAAGCCGCGCCGCGCCCCCGCCGUGGGGCGGGAGGGGCCGCAGCGUGACGGGGAAGAGGACACGGAGGAAAGUGGCUCUCACGACGACGGUGCGAGCGACACGGUGCGGCUGCAACGCGUGUCUGGCAGUCAGUCCUCAGGCCUCUCGCGGCAGCAGCCACGGCGGGCGAUGGAGGGGCACAGGCACAUGUUUUCCGCGUCGGUGGGUGGAAAUGCGAUGGACCCUUUAGAGCACGUACGACAGCGGCAACUAGAGAGCAUCGCAGCGGAGAAAACGGCGUACCGCGCGGCCCUGGGUCUGUUUGCGUCCCUGGCGUCACGGUACUACCGGCGUCUCCUAACCCCGCGGGCGGCGCUGGAGUACUUGCACCGCCAGCAGCACAGUGGCGUGCCCCCGCGGCGACGCAUGCGUCCUCCCACGUCCACACCUCCCUCCAGGAGCCCGCGUGUGAGCAACAGCAACACCGCACUGCGGCUCUGGACACCCCGCGAUGUGUGCCAGGAGGAUCUCUUCUACUUUUCCCUGCCCCUCAGCGCAAUAACUGAGCAGGCGAUAGCUGAGCUCGUGGAGCGAUGCAAGCGGCACCGGCAAGUGCUUCACAGGACUUUACAAACCGUGCCGCAGGCUUCGCGUGGGCGUCGUUGGUUCCUGCACGACGCAGCCACAAGUAUCAUGGGCCGCCUCAUCGCGCUUUUUCAGGUUCUCGCGCAGCACAUCCAGCGUGAAGGAGAGAAGGCAGUGCAGGAGGCACUCGCGCAGAUGCCUCCGCUGCCUCAAGACGAAGGCGAUGAUGAGGAUUUCAUUAGCAACGUGGCUAGGCGAUGGGCUCGCAGGGACGCCACACCGUGGGAGUUGCAUGGUGGCUCCCUUCUAGAGGCGACGAAGUUUAUUGUUCGGUGCUUUCCGCGUCCUACGAAACCGGGGGUGGAAAAGGCAACGAACUCCCCUUUCCAGCUGGGUAUGGAGCAAACACAGAAGGAAGUAUGGGGGAGUGACGAAUGCUAG